UGAGGAGUGACGUCGACAUCGGUGGUUGCUGUAGCAACGCAACGCUGCGGCCUUGUCAUGGCCCGGAGUAUGGCUUUCUCCCGGACUCUCCUGGUAAUUGUCGCCUUGUGGUGUCAGGUCGGACCGGUCAGGGGAGCCUCCAGCGGUGUGACAAUCUGCUCCUGUGACCUUUCACCCGGAAACUGCGACCUGAACUGCUGCUGUGACCCCGACUGCUCCCUGAGUGACCCCACAAGCGUUUUCUCAUCCUGUUUACCUGGCAGCACCAAGGCGGAGAGGUUGGUGUGUCUGUAUAACUGGCUUAUAUUUCGCAACAACACCCCUUACACCACCAAGCAGGUCGGCUCGCCCCCCACUCAACUGUUUUGCGUCCUCUCAGAUGAUGCCUCCCUAAAUUACUUUGUCACCCCGCGGACAGUGGAUGCAUCGAACUUCCUGUCAGUCAGUCAGCCAUACAAAGGCUCUUCCUUCUCUGUCCCCUCUGAAAGUGUCCCGGUCUUCUCCAGCUUCUACAAGGCCGGCGAUCCCGUCCUCACAGUCUCCGCCUCCAACGCUCUGAGUGUGCUGAGACAGCCAGCACCUGUGGGGGCCCAAAAUAUUUGUUCAGACAACAAUCCUGCAAAAUUCCUGCAGAGCGGCAGCACGUUAUGCCUGCGGAUGUUCAGUAAUCUGACUGACAGCUGUGAGACCGAGCUCUCCCUGGACCCCUUACACUACUACCAGGAUAUCGCAGUGCUCAGGGUGCCGCCAGAUGUCUCCGGUCAGGGAGCCAGUACGGUAAGAGGAAGAGGAGGAUGGAUGGGACACGGGAUGGUCCCAGUCAGCAGCUCGGUGACAGCCAGGCCUGUUGUGCAGGGAGAUCAGUGUAACAACGUUGUGUCCCAGGUGAUAUACACGGUGCUGUACAACGGAACUCAGGGCAUCACCAAUGUGAGCGUUGACUUUAUACUCGGCAAUGUGCCCACCACAAGUCCCAGCAUUCAGCAGAACACCACCGUCAUUUAUAAGCCCGUCACUUCGACCGCCGGCAGUUCUGUGCAGACUCGGAGUGGGAAUCCCGGCUAUCUCGUUGGAUAUCCUGUGCUGGCCAACACUGGACAUCUGAUGCUACCCCGAGCUCUGGCCGGAGAGACGUGCUCCUCCAGUCCGGUCCAGUUUGGGAUGAGCGCGUUGGGCGGCUGCACAAUCCGUGGAACAGCCCAGGAGUCAUGCAGCUUUUUCCAGGAUCGGGCAUACCGAAUCCUGCACGGGGGGGACGCACCGCACAGUCUGGCCAUAUACGGCAACGUCACAGGAGCACAGAGCAAUGACUUGCCACAGAUCAUCUCUCAGAACUGCAGCGCUCAGGUCCCGCUCGCUCGCUGCUGCCGCCGCGGAGGUCAUAUAUGGGCAAGAGUCGGGCUCAUCUCUAACCCUCAGGCUCAGCUGCUGCAUGCCCGUUUCAUCUACACGUGCCAGUCUGUCAAGUGUGAGGACACGACGGUUCUGCAGGCUCGGGUCUCUUUCACGGAUCUCACCAGACAGGGCCCGGCCCCUCGCUCCAGCCCUGGGAUUAAUGGAAAGGAUCCAAUGGAUUUCUUCUUCCCAUUUCAGACAAACACGGCUGUGAUGAAUGCCAGCUCUCUCCUCUUGUGUAUGGUGCUGUGCUGCUGGCUGAUCAUGCAAUAA